CUCACUUUCAGUGCGGUACUGUCGUAAAGCUGGGCAAUCGCUUUCCGGCAGCCGUGAGCACGUGUCUAUUGCUGAGAGCUUCUCGUGUUUAUAACACUGUCCGGUUGCCAUGGCGAAGAGUCUGCGCAGUAAGUGGAAGAGGAAGAUGAGGGCGGAGAAGAGGAAGAAGAACGCGCCGAAGGAGCUGGCUCGCCUGAAGGCGGCUCUGGGUCAGGAGGGGACGGGCGAGAUCAGCAUGAAGGACGUGUGUGAGACGGCCACGCUGGUCCCCGCACACGCACUCAAGCUGAGAGCGCAGGACGUGGAGAUGAGCGCAGACGACUGCGGGGAACAGAGUGAGAUGGGGAAGAUGGAGACGGACAGUAAGAGGAAUAAGGCGACGCAGCUGAAUGAACACGGGCAGUACCCGGUGUGGAUGAGCCAGAGACAGGCCAAGAAACUCAAACACCAGCGCAAGAGCAAGAAAACGGGCCAGAAGAAGAAGAAGGGUCAGGCCUGGUAGUUACACAUACACCAAGUGUGUGUGUGUGUGUGUGGUCAUGUAAUGUUUAUGGACCGUUUUAUUGUCUGUGUAAUACAGACAGGUGGUGUGAUUAUAUCAUACACUCUGCUGUUCCUGUACUGAUCAGUUAGAGUCAAGAGCAGUGUGUGUGUGUGUGUGUGUGCGCGUGUGUGUGUGUGCGUGAGUGUGUGCGCGUGUGCUUCUCUGUUCUCUGUUUUCAUGUAUUAAACCCUGACAUUCUCCCCUGUUUGGAUCUGUUUGAGUUGAUUACAGACUGGUUCCUGUUUAUAUUUUGUAAUCGUGGGCGUGGUAUAGAACAUGAUGGAAAUUUCUCCAAAUUAAAUAUUCAUAUGUUUUCAUGCUUAAUAAAACCAAAAAUCCAACAUUUCA